CCGCGCAUGCGCCUCGGCCGGUUCCUUCCGGAGAUUAAAUCACUCAUAUGCGCGUCAGAGGGGAAAAAAAAGCGCCAAGGUCAUGAACUAUGACCUCUGAAGGAAAGAACGUGAUGUUAAAAGCAAAGAAAUAAAGGUUUUUUUGUCGGAUGAUCAUUGAUGAGCAGCUGAACAUGGUUGGGCUGAGGACAUUACCCUGAGGAACUCCUGCACCAAUUCUGGCCCCAAGAUGACUGACUCCAGCAACCACAACCAAUCUAUCUUUGUACCAGGCCACACAUGUUCAUGUCCAUGUCACUAGAGCACUAGUGCAGUGUUUCAGGCCACGCUGCCAGAAUCAUCGGUGAUGACUCAGAAAAUCCAGAUAAUCUCCACAGACUCUCCUGUUUCCUCCCCUCAAAGGAUUCAAAUUGUAACUGAUGAACAAACAGGACAGAAGAUUCAAAUUGUUACGGCUUUAGACACAGCUGUAGCCUCCAAGCAGUUUAUUUUGGCCAGUCCAGAAGGUAGAGGUGAAGCAAAGGUGAUACUGGAAGAAGGAGACAGCCCAGUCCAAGGCAAACUUGUUCUGACAACACCUGAAAGCUCCAGUUCAAAACAGCUAAUCCUUACCACUACAGAUGGUACUGUACCUCAAAGAUUUCAGAUUGUGACAGAUGCGGUAGAACAUCUGUUAAUAAAAACAGAAGUACAGCGUUCACAGCCAGCCGAGAACUGUGUUGUGUGUGGAGACAAAGCAUCAGGGCGUCACUAUGGUGCAGUCAGCUGUGAGGGUUGUAAAGGGUUCUUCAAGCGAAGCGUAAGGAAAAAUCUGACAUAUAGCUGCCGUAGCAGUCGAGACUGUGUCGUCAACAAGCAUCAUCGUAACCGCUGUCAGUUCUGCAGACUUCAAAAAUGUUUGGAGAUGGGAAUGAAAAUGGAAUCUGUUCAGUGUGAGAGAAAACCAAUUGAGGCACAACGGGAGAAACCAGCAAACUGUGCAGCUUCCACAGAAAAGAUCUACAUCAGGAAAGAUCUAAGGAGCCCACUCACAGCCAUGCCAACAUUCAUCACAGGCAAAGAAAGUGUAAGCCCAACUAACCUGUUUGAAUCCGGAGCUUUGGUGAAUAUUCAGCAGCCGCUAAUACAGACAGACAGUGCUGGUGUCCUAAUGGCUGUGGACUCAAAGGCUGAAGCAAGCCAAGGUGAUUUGAGUACACUGGCUAAUGUCAUCACCUCACUAACAGACCUCAGCAAGGGCAAGGAGGAGUCACAGAGCCUGGGUGACUUGACAGCAAUUGAAGCACUUCAUAAUGGAGACAUCAAUAUCACAGAACUGCAGCAAGAGGACCAGUCUACCAAUGAGAUUACACGGGCAUUUGACACUUUGGCGAAAGCACUGAGCCCUACGGAUGGGAGCACUGUGCCUGGCCUGAUGGAAGGUUUGGAAGCUAUAGGAGAAACUAAUAUCCAGUUGAUGAGCAGAGACCAAUCGAUGCCCAUAAUAGAAGUGGAAGGACCUUUACUGACAGACACCCAUGUGAUCUUCAAGCUGACCAUGCCCACCCCGAUGCCUGAGUACUUGAAUGUCCAUUACAUCUGUGAAUCUGCCUCCAGACUUCUCUUCCUGUCCAUGCACUGGGCCAGAUCGAUUCCAGCAUUCCAGGCUCUAGGUCAGGAUUGUAACACCAGCCUGGUGCGAGCCUGCUGGAAUGAGCUGUUCACUUUGGCCUUGGCACAGUGUUCUCAGGUCAUGAAUCUCUCUACUAUCCUCACUGCGAUUGUAAACCACCUGCAGAGUGGCCUGCAGCAAGGUUACUCCAGUGUGGAGUCAGGUUCCCCAGACGAAGUGGUGACCACAUUGGAGGAUCCCAAUGAGAGGAAGCAGACAGAGGGACGUUCAGGGGCUAUUACAGACAAGCUUUCUGCAGACAGAGUGAAAGUGGUGAUGGAACACAUUUGGAAGCUGCAGGAGUUCUGUAACCACAUGGCCAGGCUGGGUAUCGAUAGGUUCGAGUAUGCGUACCUCAAGGCUAUCGUUCUUUUCAGUCCUGAUCACCCAGGUCUCAAUAGCACCAGCCAAAUUGGAAAGUUUCAAGGCAAAGCACAAAUGGAGCUGCAGGAUUAUGUCCAAAAAACAUAUCCUGAAGAUAGCUACAGAUUGGCCCGAAUUCUUCUCCGCCUGCCGGCUCUUCGAUUGAUGAAUUCCAGCAUCACGGAGGAGCUCUUCUUCACAGGACUGAUUGGGAAUGUUCAGAUUGACAGUAUCAUCCCUUAUAUUCUGAGAAUGGAAACUGCGGAAUACAACAGUCAAAUCAUUGGCACUUAACCCUGUCGAACAGUUUCUUCAGCUCAUCAUUAAACGUGACAGCUCCAUCAAUGACUGGCGGGAGAGCAGAGCACAGCUUGGACUGCACUAUCAGAAAGCAAAUAACAUCUUCAC